GCGUCGCCGCGCUCAAGGACCGGGAGCUCGCGACGGCCGUCGCCGCGCGCGACGCGGCGCGCGCCUGCGCGCACGCGCGCGAGCUCGAGCGGCUCCGCGGCGCCGUCGCGGGCGCCGAGGCCGGCGCGCUCCAGGCCCUGCGGCCGCGCGUCGAGGCGCAGCUCCGCGCGGGGCUGCGCGCGAGCGACGCGGCGCACGAGCGCGCGCUCGUCGCCGCGCUCGAGGACCGCGAGCGCGCGGCCGCGGCGCGCGGCGCGGAGGCCGCCGCGCGCGAGGCGGCGCUCCGGCGGCGCUGCGACGACCUCGAGGCCGCGGCCGCCGCGGGCGCCGAGGCCGCGGACCGCGCCGCGGCCGCCGCGGCCGCCGCGGACCGCGACGCGCGCGCGGCGGCCGCCGCGCUCGAGGCGCGCGCGGACGCCGCCGACGCGCGCGCGCGCGACCGCGAGGCCCUCGCCGCGGCGCACGCGGACCUCGUCGCCCAGAACCGGCGCCUCGUCGGCGAGCGCGACGCCGCGCGCGCGAGCGCCGACGCCGCGCGCCUCGAGCUCGCGUCGUCGGAGCACGGGCUCCGCGCGUGCGCCGACGCCGCGCGCGCCGCGCACGCGACGGCGCUCGGGCGCGCGCUGCCGGAGCCGGCGACGGCGCUCGACCUCGUCUUCGCCGACGCGGACCGCCUCGCCGCGCCGCUCCGCGCGAGCCCGCG